CAAAACACAAUUUAUUGAAUAUAAAUAGUUGAACAAAAGCCACAACCAAGUAAGUCUUGAAGUAGAGCAAAAUGAAGCAAAUACUACUUUGCAGUUUCUUGAUCGCAGUGUGGGCAAUCCAAUCCCAUUGUCGCGUAUUGGACAACCCGAACAGCGACAUAAGCCAAUCCGACUCGUCUUUAUUGAGCAAACUCAAGAACAAAUCCAACCAUUUAAUCGAAAAAGUGUACUAUAAAGGCGAUAGAGCAGUGAAAUCCAUCGAGCGCGGUUACCAAAAAACCAAAUGCCGGUUGCACCAAACAGCAUCGGUAGCAAUUGAUGGGGACUCUUACAACCAUGAACCCUGCCGUAAUGGGCAUUUCUUGGUCGCAGUGUGGGCAAUCCAAGCCCAUUGUCGCCCAUGGGAGCCGGCUUUUUGGACCACAAUCAAGAACACAGCCGGAGAAAUCAUAGAUGACGUGAAAAAUCGCGCCGAGGAAGCCGUGGAAACUAUCAAGCACGGUUAUAACGAGAUCAAAUACCGGGUGCAGGGAAUAGCAUCGGUAGCAGUUAAAGGGUACUAUGACGAGCAUGAUCCGUGCUUUGUGCAACAAAAUCAUGCUGGUGAAAACCACGGGGGUCACCAGAUUGGGCAGCAAAUAGUGAAAAAUUUAGUGCUUAAUAUUAUUACCGCCCAAGCUCAAGCUCAUCAAUCCAAAGUUGUACAUGAAAUCCACCGAUAUAGUAAUAAUGAGAAAACAUUGAGCAGUAUUACUAAUAAACUUGAAAACUUUAGUGCAGAGAAUCCGGCAAAGUUAAAAUCUAUAAUAAACCCAAGAUCCAAUAGUCCAGAAGGAUAUGUACCAGAUAGAAGAGGAGUGUGCAGAGAAAUAUAA